GCGGGGCUUUCCUCGGACACAGAUCCAGCCAGUCCGCUGCUUAGGUCGGUUGUUCCCAGCGUUGGGGUGGAUGCUGCGCUCGCGCGCCAUGGGCCUCGCGGUCCGAGUCGUUUAUUGUGGCGCUUGAGGCUACAAGCCCAAGUAUCUUCAGCUCAAGAAGAAGUUGGAAGAUGAGUUCCCUGGGUGCCUGGACAUCUGUGGCGAGGGGACUCCCCAGGUUACCGGCUUCUUUGAAGUAACCGUAGCAGGGAAGUUGGUUCACUCCAAGAAGAGAGGCGAUGGCUACGUGGACACAGAAAGCAAGUUUCUGAAGCUGGUGGCCGCCAUCAAAGCCGCCUUGGCUCAGGACUAAUGGGCCCUGAAGGCAGAGUUCCGUGACCUUGGCCCUGCCCCUCUCGGCAGACGCUUCAUGACGGGAUGGACUGAAAUGUCUGGUGGACGCCGGUCUUUCCCCGAUGUUCUGCGGCUGCUGGGCGGGGCAGAGAUCGAUGCCCCUGGUCUUUGCCUGCGUGUGCGUGUGCACGCGCGUGUGUCUCCCUGGAAUCUAGCUUUGCACCCUGGCCCUCCUGCUCCCCAGUCCCCCCUGUUCACCAUCCCCGUCUCCCCCACUGGUGUUUCUGCUCCAGGCUCCCUUCUCACGGCUGAGCCUAGAAACGGAUCUCGAUGCGUGAGGCUCAGGUUCCAGCCCUGUUUGCAACGGUUCACAAUUCAAUAAAUAUUGGAUGAGUUUAACGA